CGCGCGCGUGUUUCGUUCCGAAAUGACAGAUUUCGUAUUUUGAAAUGUGACAGUUAUACGUGGUCGUAUUUUUAACUAUGGGUGUAUUUUUUUUACUCUGGUGGAUUUUUUCGUGUAGUGAAUUGUGAUUAACUUAGCCAAAAUACUGGAUAUUUGAUGUUUUGAUUUCGAGUUCCGGUCGCGCAAAAUUUCGCCGGCUGACGAAAAAAUAUCUUGGAUCACGUCCAAAUAUUAUGACACUUUGAUGAACGAAAAUAGAAUUAUAUUUUUGGAGAUGGAUUAGGAAAUAACUGCGAACGUUCGAAUUUUAUAGGAUAUCAAAUUCGAAAUUAGACGACGUGAUAGAUGACAAACAAACAUAUUUUAGAAGAAGAUAAUUGCUUAACUAAGUGUUAAAAAUAAUUCGAAGAGGGUAAUUGAAAUAUGUGAAUAAAUAAUAAGGCGAAGUAUUCAAGAAGACAUUCAAGGUUCAAUAUUAAAAGAUUUGAACAUAAAGGCUUGUGUGCAAAAUAUCAAUGAGUACUUUAAUAAACGAAAUAUAUGUGGUGUGGCAUAGUGAAGUGAAAAGGACAAAAAUUUGUGAAAAUGUCGAAAGAUACGAAUUUGUAUGUGCUAGUGAUGUUAUUAGUAACGCAGACCCAGAUUAGAAUGAGUGAAGAGAUCGUGGAAGCGAGUAUUAUUCAAGUUUGGUCAGCACCGGGUAGCGAGACACGACUGCCUUGUGACUUAGCGGCGUCUGUCCCUGAUGUAGCCAUGAUGAUGUGGUUCAAGGAUGGAGAUCGAAUGCCAAUUUACACUGUCGACUUCCGAAACGGUCCACCAGUCCACUGGGCUGUGGCUGGCGAAUUUGGUACGAGAGCCCACUUCGUGCUAAACCAAUCUGAUCCGACAUCAGCCCACCUCGUUGUUAAUAAGGUAGCUAGAUAUGAUGAGGGGGUUUAUAGAUGCAGGAUCGACUACAAUGACUCGCCAACGAGGAAUUAUAGGGUCAAUUUGACUGUGAUUGUUCCACCCGACUCCCCUCGAAUUUACGAUUCUGAAGGUAAAGAGAUUCUUGGAACAAUCGCAGGACCCUUUCGAGAAGGACAGGAUUUACUUCUCUCCUGUCAAGCUUCUGGGGGCAAGCCCCCGCCAGAUGUAUCGUGGUACCGCGGUGGAGAACGCUUAGCAAUAACCAAAGAUGGGUCCGUAUGUCAAAUACAUCUGCCGUCGCUGUCUAGGGAGAUGGCGGGCAUGAGACUUCAGUGUAGAGUUGAGCCGCCCUUAUUACAGCCGCAACGCAGAGAAAUUACUAUAAAACUAUAUUUAAAGCCACAAUUCAUCCGAGUAACUGGCGGUGGUCCUACCCGAGCCGGUCAUGAAAGAUCCUUCGUUUGCACAACUCGAGGUUCAAAACCCGCUCCAAAUAUAGACUGGUUCAUCAAUUCACAAAAGAUCGACUCAGCUUUGACUCAGGUCGAGGUGGAAGGAGAAUUGACGAAAAGCAUUUUAACCUGGCGUGUGAGGCGAGAAGACAGUGGAAGGCAGCUCGUCUGUCGCGUCUCCAAUCCUUGGUUUCCAGCAUACACUCUAGAAGACUUACUUAAUCUCGAAGUUCUAUAUCCUCCAGUUGCACAAAUUUCUUUGGUCGAACCGAAGGAACCGCGUUUACUGCGAGAAGAUGAAGAUGCUGUACUGCUAUGCUCAUCGUAUGCUUCACCUUCAUCAUACAACUUCACAUUCUAUAAAGGAACAGAGGAUCAUCUGAUUCGUGAUGACCCUAUAGGGGGUAUAUCAGUAGAAGGAGACAAGUUAAUUCUUCGAGGUCUUAGAAGACAUCACGCUGCAAGAUAUAGGUGCAGAGCCUGGAAUUCCGAAGGAAGUGGAUUGAGUGAACCGCUAACGUUUAAUGUUUUAUCCCGACCCGAAUGUUCUGCUGGUAGCGUGGUGCAGCAGUUAGCAGGGGCGCCUGGUGGUGAAGUGAGGGCAAGAUGCUCCGUCUCCGCACCUUCUGCUAACGAUGCUGGUCCACUUAGAUUCUAUUGGACUUAUAAUGGAACCAAAGACGUUUUACCUAUACCUGCAUCGAAUGUUACUGUUAUGGGUUCUACCAGUACAGUCAUUCAUGGUCUGCCGUCUUUAGAUGAUGAAGAAGAUUUAGGCUGGCUAGCUUGCUGGGCCAGUAAUGAUAUUGGAAACCAGAGGGAACCUUGCUUGUUUAGGAUAAUGCCAGCAGCGCUUCCUGAGGCUCCCAGUAACUGUGAGAUCGAAGACGAGUUCCUCCAGUGUGAGCCAGGUCACGAUGGUGGUUUGCCGCAGCGGUUCAUACUGGAGGCGUUGGAGGUACGCCACCAUGAUACCGUGCAGGGGGACGAGUCCACCAUGAAUGAUCAGGGUAUUUCUGGAAGAGGACUAUCGGAAGCUGUAUACAGAGCCAGCAACGAUGUGACACCUCAGUUCGCUCUUGACGCUCUGUCGCCAGGACGGUAUACAUUCCUCGUUUAUUCGGAAACGCCGCGUGGAAGAUCACAACGACCAGCUGCUUUGCAUAGUAUUCCCAUCCGAACAACUAAUGACUUGGACAUACCGGGUUCCCUACAAACAAUGACACCUUCACCACCACAAUCACCGACAAGUGACAACGGUAUGGCACUUUUAAUUGGAGCUUCGUUAGCAUUGGUGCUACUGACCGUACUCACCACUAUCUGCGUCACGCUUGUUAUUAUGUGCAAGAAGAGACAACAACCACAAAGAGAUCCUGAACAAAAUACAAUAUUGCGAAGAAGUGUUGGCGUGUCUAUGUAUAGUGGGUCGUCUAUAUCGCCAAGUGUAGUACCAACAGUGGUUGUAAGAGGUCAUAGAGGAUCAAGAGUGUUGGCAGCAAGAUGGUCGGGAGUUAUUGAUGAUACACCACUCGCUGUACUUGCAUUAGAUACGAGACCACAUGCUGAUACAGAUUCAGGACACAGCGACGGUGAACUAUUGGAAACAGAAUUGACAAGGAAUGUUGAUGACAUGGAAACACAAACAGAUACAUAAUUAGUUAUCAAUAAUAUACAUCCGAA